CUCUGCUUCACGAGCCUCACGGCUUAGAGAUCCAGAAGCCAAAAAUCUAGCUGCGAGGGAUUUUCUUCAAUCGUUGUUCAUCAGGUUUUUCUGAAGGCGUCUUAGCGGACAUUGAAGGAGCUCAAGACCUUGCAGCGCGAUCCUCCGUGCUAUUGCAGUGCUGUUGUUUAGACUCUUAUUUGUCAACUAAUAAUGGGACGGACUGGAAGUUCGUCUGCAUCGCGUAAACCAUUGAACAAGCCAGAAGAAAAUGUUCCUAAAGUUGAUGACAGUGUUCCUCAAACCAUAUCAGUGGUAAGAAGGACAAAGAGGUCACCAUAUGUAUGGACGUCCUUGCUUCUGUUGACCAUCUAUAGCUUCCGGACCAUUUAUCAACAACAGUUUGAAAAAUUGCCUAUCCCACUUAGUGCUGAGCAGGCUGGCAAAAGAGGUUUCUCGGAGACUGAGGCUUUGAAGCAUGUCAAGGCGUUAACUUCACUGGGUCCUCAUCCUGUUGGUUCCGAUGCACUCGAUAUUGCACUGGAGUAUGUGUUGAAAGAAGCAGAAAAAAUAAAGAAAACAGCUCACUGGGAAGUUGAUGUUGAAGUAGAAAAAUUUCAUGCAAAAUCUGGAGCAAAUCGUUUAUCCCGUGGUCUGUUUAGGGGGAAAACACUUGUCUAUUCAGAUCUAUAUCAUGUUCUAUUAAGGGUGUUGCCGAAGUAUGCUGAUGAAGCUGAAGAAAAUACAAUUCUAGUGUCUUCUCACAUUGACACCGUUUUCUCGACGGAAGGAGCAGGGGAUUGUAGCUCUUGUAUUGCUGUUAUGUUAGAGCUUGCCCGAGGUAUUUCUCAGUGGGCUCAUGGAUUCAAAAGUGGUGUGAUAUUUUUAUUUAAUACUGGCGAGGAGGAGGGUCUCAGUGGUGCUCAUAGCUUUAUGAGUCAGCAUCCCUGGAAUAACACCAUUCGCCUGGCUGUUGAUUUGGAAGCUAUUGGUCUUGGAGGGAAGUCUGGAAUAUUUCAGACUGGUUCUCAUCCAUGGGCUGUCGAGACUUUUGCAUCAGUUGCAAAAUAUCCGUCUGCCCAAAUAGUGUCUCAGGAUCUUUUUACUUCUGGAGCCAUUAAAUCUGGAACAGAUUUCCAAGUUUACACAGAAUUUGCUGGUCUGUCAGGACUUGACUUUGCGUUUACUGAUAAGACUGCAGUUUAUCACACAAAGAAUGACAAGUUUGAGCUUCUAAAACCAGGAUCUCUUCAACAUCUUGGAGAAAAUAUGCUUGCUUUUCUGCUGCGUGCUGCUGCAUCCUCUAAACUUCCGACAAACAAUGUAAUGGAAGAAGGGCGGAAUUCUGACCAAGACAAUGCUGUAUAUUUUGACAUUUUGGGAUCAUACAUGAUUGUGUAUCGUCAAAGAUUUGCAACCUUGCUUCACAAUUCAGUGAUCAUCCAAUCGCUUAUGAUAUGGACUACAUCUUUGAUUAUGGGUGGUUUUCCAGCUACAGUUUCACUGGCAUUGUCAUGUUUGAGCUUGAUUUUAAUGUGGACAUUUUCACUAAGUUUCUCUGCUUCCGUUGCCUUCAUUCUACCAAUAAUAUCACCGUCACCUGUUCCCUAUGUUGCAAGUCCAUGGUUGGUAGUUGGGUUAUUCGCUGCACCUGCUUUUCUUGGAGCAUUGGCUGGUCAAUAUGUUGGUUUUCUUAUCCUUCAAACAUAUUUAUCUAAUGUAUAUUCGAAAAGAGAGCAGGUGUUGCCUUCUAUCCGUGAAGAACUGAUCAGGUUAGAGGCUGAAAGAUGGCUUUUUAAAGCAGGAUCUUUUCAGUGGCUCAUUUUUCUGAUUAUUGGCAAUUACUAUAAAAUUGGAUCAUCCUAUUUAGCUCUUGUUUGGUUAGUUUCUCCAGCAUUUGCGUAUGGCUUGCUAGAAGCAACUUUAACUCCUGCAAGAUUUCCAAAGCCUCUGAAACUCGCAACUCUGCUGAUUGGCUUAACAGUACCACUAUUAGUUUCAGCUGGAACUAUUAUUCAGUUGGCUAGGUUUAUCAUUGGAAGUGCAGUCCGAUUUGAUAGGAAUCCAGGUAGCACUCCAGAGUGGCUGGGGAGUGUGAUAGUCUCUGUUUUUGUUGCUGUUGUCUUGUGUCUGACCACCGUCUACCUAUUGUCAUAUCUUCAUCUCUCAGGAGCAAAAAGAUCAAUAGUAUUUGCAACUUGCCUUCUAUUUGGCUUUUCAAUCGCUACUGUGGUAUCUGGCAUCGUCCCACCAUUUUCUGAUGACAUAGCCAGAACUGUAAAUGUUGUCCAUGUUGUAGAUACGACAAAAAAAUACGGUGGAGAGCAAGAUCUUAUCUCAUAUGUAUCUCUAUUCUCUACAACUCCUGGAAAGUUGACCAGGGAGGUUGAACAUAUCAAAGAGGGGUUUACAUGUGGUAGAGAUAAACCUAUUGAUUAUGUUACCUUCUCUGUUGAUUAUGGUUGUUGGACCCAUGAAGGUGGUGAAAAUGGGUGGGACGAGUCUGAUAUUCCCUCGCUGCUGGUCGACAACGAUGUUAGCAACAAUGGAAGAAUUACAACUAUUUUAAUUGAUACUAAGGGUUCUACACGUUGGUCUCUUGGUAUCAACACUGAUGAAAUCAAAGAUUUCAAGUUUAAAGGCGAAGAAGAACUGGUUCCAGUUGGCGAUAAGAACAGUGUAGAUGGGUGGCACACUAUUCAAUUUGCAGGAGGAAGGGACUCGCCCACAACUUUCUCUCUAACUCUAUUCUGGAAAAACAACUCAACCAAAUCGGUAGAAGCUAAUAACACAGUUCAGCCUCCACUUCUAAAGCUGCGAACUGAUUUCAACAGAUUAACUCCAAAAGCCGAGAGGGUAAUUUCAAGGCUUCCUUCCUGGUGCUCCCUAUUUGGCAAGUCUACUUCUCCCCUUACCUUGGCCUUUUUGACUGCUCUUCCUGUUCAUAUCUAGAACCUAGAAAGCAUGCUUGAAAAAGAAACUUAGUUUGCCUUUCAUUUUUUAUGGUACAUAGUGCAUUCAUACUGAUCUUAAGAAUAGCUGGUCUGAUUGAGUUGUUCACUUGUCGAUUUAAAUAAGUUAAAAGUAUUUAGCAUAAUUAUGUGACACUGUCACAUGUAAAACUUGUAUUGAUUGAAUAAGUUGAUAUUGUUAUUUUCAGCCAAUAAAUACCCGACACAUCAAUCAUUGUCGUGUCUGUCUCUUGCA